AUGGAAUUGGCCCACACAGCUGAUAUCCUGAGCUCAGCCUACCUGGCAGUAGAGUAUCUGGACUCCUUAGUGCCACCGAUUCCUCUACAGGAGCCCGUGAAAAAUGCCUGGAACUACAUGCUUGACAACUACUCCAAAUUCCAGAUCGCCAGCGGGGGUUCGGUCAUUCUCCACGAGCUCAUCUACUUCUUUGUCUGUAUCCCGUGGCUAAUUUUCCAGUUUGUACCAGCCAUGAGAAAAUACAAAAUACAGCAGGAUAAACCAGAAACAUGGGAAAAACAAUGGAAAUGCUUCAAGAUGCUGGUCCUUUCCCACUUCUUCGUUCAGAUUCCCUUGAUCUCCGGAGCAUACUACUUUGUUGAAUUCUUUGGCAUUCCAUAUGACUGGGACUCCAUGCCUCGAUGGCCCUACCUGGUGGUGCAGUGUUACAGCUGUGCGGCCAUGGACGACACCUGGUUCUACUUCACGCACAGACUCCUUCAUCACAAGAGAAUCUACAAGCACAUUCACAAGCUCCACCAUGAGUUCACUGCUCCUUUCGGGAUGCAGGCAGAGUAUGCUCACCCACUGGAGACCAUCAUUCUGGGAGCUGGAUUCCUGAUCGGGCCCAUGGUCUUCCGCAGUCACUUGGUCCUCAUCUGGAUCUGGCUGCUGUUCCGCUUGCUGGAAACAAUCGAUAUCCACAGUGGUUACAACCCCCCGGUGAAUCCCAUGCACAUCAUCCCCUUCUACGCCGGAGCUCAGUUCCAUGACUUCCACCACAUGAACUUCGAGGGGAACUACGCCUCCUGCUUCACGUGGUGGGACAAGAUCUUCAGCACUAACUUGCUGUACAAAGACUAUCAACACCAGCAGGAAGAGAAGAAGAGGCUGUGAAC